UGGUUUAAAAGAAAAAAAAAUAGAAGCAAGCGAAGCAGCAGCAACUAGCAAACAGUGAGUGAUGGCUUCAGCAGGAGGCAACGCAGGUUCAGGGAACGUAGAGUGGCACGUAAGACCACCAAACCCUAAAAACCCAGUUGUUUUCUUCGACACUACGAUCGGCACCAUUCCCGCCGGUCGCAUCAAAAUGGAACUCUUUGCCGAUAUUGCCCCUAAAACCGCCGAAAAUUUCAGGCAGUUCUGCACUGGAGAAUACAGGAAAGCUGGAUUGCCGGUUGGUUACAAGGGGUGCCAGUUUCAUAGAGUGAUUAAAGAUUUUAUGGUUCAAGCUGGUGAUUUUGUUAAGGGUGAUGGUAGUGGAUGCAUUUCGGUAUAUGGACAUAAAUUUGAUGACGAAAACUUCAUUGCCAAACACACCGGUCCUGGUUUACUCUCAAUGGCUAAUAGCGGACCAAAUACUAAUGGAUCUCAGUUCUUUAUCACUUGUGCAAAAUGCGACUGGCUGGACAACAAGCAUGUUGUCUUCGGGAGGGUGCUUGGAGAUGGUCUUUUGGUGGUUAGGAAAAUCGAGAAUGUGGCCACCGGACCCAACAACCGACCUAAACUGGCAUGUACAAUUGCUGAAUGCGGGGAAAUGUAGAAACUCCUUUCAAGAACACAACUGUUUACCGAAGCCCCUUUUUGAUGAACAUCUCUUAAUCAGCUGACUUCGUCUUAUACUGUUCCCCUAUUUGUAGUUGGGAAAUAUUGGACUCGGAUUGUUGCGAGGAAUCCAGCAGUUCGAUUAUUAUGUCAUUGUGGAGAUUGCUAUGCUGUAUGAUUAGCAGCUUGUAACAUGUUAAGAUUAUUUUAACCAAAUGCAUAAGAAUUUGAAUGACAA